AUGGUUGACAAGGUGGACCUAUUAUUCUAUUAUGGGGGCAAGUGGGUACUGACACCUAAUGUUAUUUACAUUAAAAAAUUAACUCACGUUUGGAAGGAGUGUGAUCCAGAUUUAUUGUCAUAUAUAGACAUAUGUGAAGAGUUCCAUGAAAAGUUAGGUUUUAGUAAUGUCCAACAACUUCUACUCAAAGGACCUUCAGGGAGGUAUUAUUUGAUUGAGGGGGAUUCUGGCAUAAGAACAAUACAGACAUCACUGUCUAUUAAGUCUUGUGUACUUGAAUUGUUUGUUGUAGAUGAGGGGGAUGAUGUUGUUCCAGCUAUUGACAUCAGCCACAACGAUGAACCAUACCUGGUCACAGUAGAUGUUGCUACUGAAGGUGAAUCAAGUGAGGAAGAAGAAGAUGAAAAUGAACCUAAUCUAGUCACAGUGAAUGUUGGAAUAGAUGUUGCAACUGAAGGUGAAUCAAGUGAGGAAGAAAAUGAUGAAAAUGAGCCUUAUCCAAGUGACUACAAUAGUGAAGAAUUGGAAUCCUUUAGGUUGGAAAAGAAAAGAGAAAUUAAUGAUCAACUUGACAACUUUAAAGAGUUGGAAAAAGGUAUGAGUUUUAAGAAGCUUGAUGAAGCUAAAAGGGUUGUAAGUUACUACUCAAUUGCUAGGAAGGUUGCCCUUAGAGUUGACAAGAGUGACUCUGUUAGAGUUAGAUAUAAAUGUAUUGUUGGUUGUCCUUUUGUGUGUCUUAUUUCUGAAGUUAAGAAAGGGCAAGGAUUUGAAAUUAAGACUUUGCAAACAAAACAUACAUGUCCAGAAGCAUUCAAGAAUAGAAGAGCUACUAAACAAGCUCUAGCACACUACUUUAAGAAUAGGGUCCAAAAUGAUCCUAAGUGCAAAGUGACUGAAAUGAGAAAGAUUGUAGAUGAUAACUUUAAGCUUAAUAUUAGUUAUUCAAAAAUGAAGAGGGUUAAAAGACUUAUACUGGAGAAACUAGAUGGUAGCUAUGUUGAUGAUUUCAAUAAAUUGGAGGGUUAUGCUCAAGAGUUAAGGGACAGUAAUCCUGGUACUGAUGCAAUUAUAAACAUAUCCAAAGAGGCUUUGUUGGAACAUGGACUAAGAAAAUUUUUGAGAAUGUAUAUUUGUAUUCAGGCUUUGAAAAGUGGUUGGAGAGCUGGUUUGAGACCAUUUACAGGGUUAGAUGGCACCUUUUUAAGAGGGAAGUUCAAGGGAAUUCUAUUGGUCGCACUUGGUCAAGAUUCAAUGAAGCAUUUCUAUCCACUUGCUUGGGCAGUAGUGGAUAAAGAAACUAUUAGAACAUGGAAAUGGUUCAUUGAGUUGCUGAGGAACUCAUUGGGGUUGGCAGAUGGUGAAGGAUUGACACUAAUGUUUGAUAUGCAAAAGGGCUUGAUUGGUGCUGUUAGUGCUUUGCUCCCAAAAGCACAACAUAGAUGGUGUGCAAAACACAUAGAAGCCAAUUGGUCUAAAUCUUGGAGUGGUGUACAGAUGAAGAAGAUGUUUUGGUGGUUUGCUUGGAGUACAUAUGGAGAGGAAUUUGAAGACCAAUUGAAGUCCAUGGAUUCUGUGUCUAAUAAAGCAGCCGAAGGUCUUUUACGGUAUCCACCACAACAUUGGUGCAGGGCCUUUUUUGACACUGUCUGCAAAGACUACUUCUGUGAUAAUAAUUUUACUGAGUCUUUCAACAAAUGGAUUUUGGAUGCAAGGGCAAAACCAAUAAUCAAGAUGCUGGAAGACAUUAGAAUUAAGGUAUUGCCGCUAUUUUAUAUAACUAUAUGA